AUAACUAAGUAUACAAGAUACAUCCAUGUGAAGACAGUUAUCGAUCAAACUUUUACAACCAGAAUUACUGUCUAGAUAUUUAAAAUACAGCUUUACGCCGAUAAAUUAGAAAAAUUAAGUCUCCCCCACUUAUAUCAGGCUCCGGCUUACCAACAUAGUACCUUAUAUUCGUGAAAUACAGGUGUAAAAAGUUUUUAAAUUGCCAAGAGCUGAGAGUGUUCGAAUGUGCGAGUGAACGGAAAUACAAGUAGAUGCGGUGAUAUAUACUGAAAGUUAACAAAUAGAUCCUUCAAAAUUUUGGAUAAGACAGGAUAACUAAACAUGGAAGAAAACAAUAAAACGAAUGGAGUGGAUAAUCCAUCAUUUUCCACUGAACUAGGUGACAUAGAUAACACGAAAAAUGGAAACGGCAUAUCAGAAAAGACUAAUGGUAUAAACAAUCCAUCAUAUCAAACUGAACUCGGUGACGUAGAAAAUUCAAAAAAGGGAAAUAGUAUAUCAGAAAAGGCCGAAAUUCCUCCAGAUGACGACAAUGCAGAAAAUAGAGCACAAUGGGGUCACGGUUUGGAGUUCCUCAUGUCCUGCAUCGCCAUGUCAGUGGGCCUGGGAAAUAUCUGGAGGUUUCCGUUCACCGCAAAAGAAAAUGGAGGUGGAGCCUUCCUCAUUCCUUACAUCAUAGUUUUGACAGUUAUAGGCAGACCGCUGUACUAUAUGGAAAUGGCACUCGGACAGUUCUCCAGCAGAGGCAACGUCAAGAUGUACGAAAGACUAUCACCGGUCUUGAAAUUUAUUGGUUUUGGACAACUGAUUGGUUCAGUUUGCGUGGCUACUUACUACUGCUGCUUGAUGGCCAUCACAUUAUUUUAUCUGGCUUCUUCAUUCACGAGCGAACUACCGUGGACCCAAUGCGACCCUGCUUGGAAUGAGUAUGCGGCAGAGAUAAACAGAACGUGCAUAUCAGCAAGAGAAGUCUCAAAUGAGAGCGGUGCGGAAGCCAUCAGCUCUUCGGAGUUAUAUUUCAGGAGAGAAGUUCUUCGACAAAAAGACAACAUAGAUGACGGUAUUGGUCUUCCUGACUGGAGGCUCACCCUGUGUCUCCUGGCUUCCUGGUUGGUAACCUUCUUCGUAUCGAUUCGAGGUGUGAAGAGUUCCGGAAAAGCAUCCUACUUUCUAGCUUUGUUUCCUUACGUCGUCAUGAUCACCCUUUUAAUUCGAGCUUCGACCUUAGAGGGAGCUGGUGAUGGCAUGUAUUAUUUCAUAGAAACUGACUGGAACAAACUGUCUGAUGCGUCGGUCUGGUAUGCUGCAGUAACACAAUGUUUCUUCUCUCUAAAUGUUGGAUUUGGUUCGAUCAUUAUGUUUUCAUCAUUUAAUGCUUUUAGUCAUAACAUCAAUAGAGAUGCUUUGGUAGUGACAACACUGGAUACCUUCACCUCCUUGCUUUCUGGAUCGACAAUUUUCGGUAUACUUGGCAACCUGGCAUACGAAAUGAACCGUCAUCCGUCAGAAGUUAUAUCCGGAGGUGGCACUGGAUUGGCAUUCAUAUCAUAUCCUGACGCCAUAGCUAAAUUCAAUGUGGUACCUUGGUUAUUUGCUAUUCUGUUCUUCUUCAUGCUGUUCGUGUUGGGUAUAGGAAGUUUGGCAGCGUUGCAAUCUUGUGCCAAUACCGUCAUACAGGACGCUUUCCCAAACUUCAAGGCUUGGAUGAUAUCUGCUGGCACCGCAAUAUCGAUGUUCCUGAUUGGUUUGAUGUAUGUCACACCUGGUGGACAAUACAUGUUAGAUCUAGUAGACCACUUUGGAGGAACCUUCAUUAUAUUCGUUUUUGUAAUAUUUGAAGUAUGUGCAGUUUUGUACCUUUAUGGACUAGAAAACUUCUGCACAGACGUGGAAUUCAUGACAGGCAAAAAAGUAAACGUCUAUUUCAGAGUAUGCUGGGGCAUAAUAAUGCCAGUUCUUCUCAUAGUGAUUUUCAUCUACUUCCUGUAUUCACUACCCACUCUUACUUAUGGUAUCCAUGGACUGGAAUACCCUACUGGUAUUUUAGCUUUUGGAUGGUCCAUUCUUGGAAUAGGUAUUUUGCAAGCCAUAUUUUGGCUGUCGUAUUACUUGUGGGCCAACAGAGAAUAUCCAUGUGGAAAGAUGAUCAGAAAAACCUUUUCUACGAAAACCUGGGCACCUACGGGAGCAAGAAGAACGUAUGAAUGGAGAAAAUACAAAGAAGACGUUUCGGCAGAGUCAAAAUUACAAACCGGCAGCUGGAUAAGCAGAAAACUUAGAUUUGUUUUUAGGGGACAUUGAACUACUCGCCAGAAGUAUUCCUAAUUUAUUGACAAUAAUUAUACCUAAUAUUAUGACUAAGAAUCUAAAAGCAAAUCCGUAAUAUUUAUGGAAAGAUCUAUAUUCACCAAUAUACAGGGGUUUCCAAGAUUUUUAGGGUUUAUUUUAGAUACAACUUUGAUUGUUUCAAUAGAUAGAUGAAUUUGGGACACCCUAUAUAUUCCUGCACAUUGCAGUGUAUAUUAAAAAUUUCUUUUCAUCUGGUUCAUCUACUAUUCUUA